AUGGCUGUAUCAAGACUGAUGGAUGUGAAUUACACUAUCGGGGCGCUACAAGUGGCCGUCGGAAUUUCGGGAUUCUUGCUAGGCUGUUCAACGACGCAAACAUACGCGUAUUAUAAGAACUAUCCAUAUGAUCCCCAAGCUACUAAGAUCUACGUGCAAUCUGCUAGGCUUUUGGAAACCGCACAGCAAGUUGCAGCUAUGCACGCCGUAUAUGCGAUGUCUGUGACUGACUGGGGGCACCCAUCGGCGCUGCUCCACCCCCCCACCUCGAUAUCCGUCACAUUCCACCUCGGGAUCCUCAUACCCCCUCUGCUCGAGAGCUUCUACCUCUGGCGUCUGCACAGACUCUUCGGCCGCGCGCUGCCCUGCGCGGCGGGGGCCGUCUUCUGCUGGACGCGCUACGCCGGGUGGCUGCUCUUCGUCGUGCAGGAGACGCAGCUGGGCUACGUGUCGGGCGCGCUGCUGGCGCGGUGGUCCUGGUUGCUGAUCACGGUGCUGGCGAUGGGCGUGGUGCUCAACGCGGGCAUCGCGGCCGCGAUGGUGUGCUAUUUGCGCGGGCAGAGGGAUACGGUGGGCAUGCGGACGAAGGUGUUGGUGGAUAGGUUGCUGAUGUGGACGCUUCAGACCGGCGUGAUCACUGCUGGUUUGGAUGGCGAUACUGGCUACUACCACGAAAAUCUUCUCGAACUGUUUACUGUCCUCGUUCGUCCCUUUCUCUUCCAAUGCUGGAUUCUGAAUUCACAACUGAGAUCGCUUGGGCCGUCGGAUAUGGAUAUGGAUAUGGAUAUGAAUAUUCACAACGAUGUAGUUUGA